CCUGUGUGGCCAUUUGCUUUGCGACAGAAUUUUUCUUCAAACGUGGGACCCAUAAAAGUCCCACUUUCCUAUUUAUCCAACAUCAUAGUCGCUCAUUCAGUCCCAGAGAGCAAUACAGAGUGUAUAAGCAGCAGAAACGAGUGUUGUAUAUCUUCUAUUUCUCACACUCCCAUUCAGACAAAAAGUAUCAGAAUUCGGUUCCAAAAUGGGGAAUUACAGGUUCAGAUUAUCAGAUAUGAUACCAAAUGCCUGGUUUUACAAGCUCAAGGACAUGAGCAAGCCUAGGAACCAGCACAAACUCGCAAACCCCACUAAGAAGAAACAAACGCCAUCGUCGCUAUCAUCGUCCGCAUCAUCAUCACUCUCACCCUCAUCAGUUGCACCACCAAAUCAUCCAUCCAAAAUUACAGGCCAAUCCCAACUGUCAGACCAGAGGAAAUCCUACUACUUCUCUAGGGACCUUACUUUCCACCCCAAUUCCCCCACUAAGACAAGAAUCUUGGAAAAACAGUUCCCAAUAGAACCACCCCGAAAAUCAUCCAGGAGAAGAAGGAGCACCAAGAGAAAUAGGCCUCCCAACAGGCAGCCCCAGCGGCUCGUUUCCUCGUCGAUUUCUGCCAGUUGUAGCUGCCGUGCCACUCUGGAAUCCGUCUGGAACAAGCCCCCUGAUUCUACUCCAGAAGAAUACCCAAAUUCUCCUCUUGAUGAUCAAACUUCUACGUCUGAGGGCGACUCUGUGUUGACUGAAUACGGCUCAGGAUCAGACCGUGGCCUAACCCCUGAUUCUUCUGACGGCAUGAUUUCCAAUUUCUCAACCUCCUGUAAAUGCAGAACAGAAAACAUCGUAGUAGACAUGACGGGUGAUAACAAGCCGUUGAAUGGCGAGUUUGACAGGGUUCCCGAACUGGAUCACCUCCCUCCAAUCAUCACAAAGAAACAUGCUGAGCCGACAAAGAUUCAGAGGACCUCAGCGGAAUUCUCGGAGAGAAACGCGUACGGGUCCCUGUCUGUUAAAGUUGUCAAAGAGGAUUUCUUAAGUUCCGGAACUUGGAGUAGUAAAGAUCAGAGUAAAACCAGUACGAGUCCCCUCAGGAGAUUGUCCGGGAAUUCAUCAUCUGCAGGGGUGAAACUCCGAAUGAAUUCUCCAAGAAUUGCCAACCGGCGGAUCCAGGGCAGAAAGAGCGCAUCAUCAAACUCAAGUUGGGGGUCAAGGCGCAGUGUUUCUGAGAGUUUCGCGGUGGUGAAAUCGUCCAAGGAUCCGCAGAGGGACUUCAGGGAGUCUAUGAUGGAGAUGAUCGUGGAGAAUAACAUCAGGGCUUCAAAGGAUUUGGAAGAGCUCCUGGCAUGCUACCUUUCGUUGAAUUCUGAUGAGUAUCACGAUCUCAUCAUCAAUGUGUUCAAGCAAAUUUGGUUUGACUUCGUUCACGUUCGUCUCAAGUAGUAAUUUUGCGUCCAUAUAUAUAUAUAUAUAAAUUGUUUAGGUAUAUUAAUUGGAUAUAUAUAUAUAUAUUAAUAAUGUAGUUAUUAAGUAAGUAAUUUGUUGCAAUUGAAGUGUAGCAGAAAACAUGUACGUACGUAUGAGGUUCUUGUAAGUUGAUGAUCAGCUGGGAGACUCCUAAUCUCCAUUACCAAUCUAUGGAGUUGGCAAUAAAUAUGGAUUAUGUGUAUGCAUAUAGAUAGGUGGGUUAAUUUGUAUAAUAAAAGCUGAGUGAUCCAAAGGAUAUGGUUCCAUUGGCAUAAAAAGAAGAUACGCUUUAAGGACAAAGUAGAGUUUUUCAAAGUUGUGGCUGCCGUCACCCUGUUCUGUUUCUCCGGGUACUACAUAAUAUAUCAGCUUUAAUUCCUGAUGGCAAAUUUGAUAUGGUAGAAAGCCAAAAUGAUUGGUGACAACUGUUGAAGAUUCAAAUCAAAUACAUACCUA